ACGUGCAUCGGAUUAUAACUGGCACGUUUGAGUAAAGUCUUUUUUUUCUGUUGCAAACCAAUAUAGCAUAAAUCAUUGUUUAAAACUGCUACCCCGAUGUUUUUUAUUACAGAUUCACAAUUAAAUAAAACCAUUGUAUAAUAGAAAACGAUAUAAAUCAAUAAUCUUCGUGCUUUUACAUGCAAGCAGAAAUAACAAAAAAUUCUUCAAAAUUAAUGUUCUAGCUUCAAAAUUGUCAAAUUAAAACUUGAAGUGCUCCAGAAAAAGUUUCCAAAAUGAUUUUUGGAAACUUUUAUGACAGUUUUGGUCUCGACUAGUCUCGGGAGUCACAAAUUCUAAAUAGCAGCAAGAGUUACAGUCACCUGAAAUGUCUUCACAAGUCCAGGUGUGCGUCAGAGUCCGCCCCUUCAGCGAAACAGAGGAAGCGGCAGACUCUAGAAACGUGAUCACUGUCCCACCCGACUCUGAAGGCCAUUUAUUCAUCAGCAAACCUGUCAAGUACUUGAGUGUGGCUGAGCAGCAGGAGAAGAUCAAGAGGAGAGAUGUGGGCAGUGAGUUCGACUUCGACAAGGUCUUCGACUCCUCAAACCCCAACAACCCUACUCAUACAUAUUCCACGCAACAGACGGUGUUCGACCACAUUGGACGUAGAGUGGUGGAGACUGCGUUCAAUGCGUUCAACUGCACUGUGUUUGCAUAUGGACAGACUGGCAGUGGCAAGACAUACACCCUCAUGGGAUCCACUCUACAGGAUGACCAGGAACGUGGACUUGUACCUAGAACAUGCGAGCAUCUGUUCCAAGAAAUCCAGCGAAUCAACGACGAAAACCCUGAAGACACUUUUGCCCGGUUCAAGGUCGAGAUUAGUUUUCUCGAGAUAUACAACGAGAAGGUGCGAGACUUGCUACUACGACAGUCGUCGAAUGACGAAAACGGACUGUCGGAGGAGGGCGGUAAAAAGAGAUCGAGUAGAGGGGGGAGCAAGCAGGCUUUGAGAGUCAGAGAGCACCCUAAGGAGGGAGUUAUUGUAGAGGGGCUGUCGAGACAUAUAGUGAAUGACUAUGAUGCGGUCGAAGACUUCUUGAGAAAGGGAAACAAAGUCCGAGUGUCUGGUGCCACCCAUGUUCACGAGCAAAGUUCAAGGUCACAUGCCAUCUUCACAGUACACUUUGUGCAGGCUGACAUUAGCGAUGAUGGAAUUCCGAACGAGAGAGUGGCCAAAAUCAACCUAGUUGAUCUCGCCGGAUCGGAGAGAGCGGACCCCUCUUCAGACUACAACAGAGAGAGGUUCAAGGAAGGAGUCAACAUCAACAAGUCCCUCGUGUCCCUCGGAAACGUCAUCGACUCACUUGCCGAACUAAGUCAACAGUCAAGCAGCCGUCCCAGCGCUGCCACAUCCGCCAAGCAGAAAGAUCAGCCGAACAUCCAUGUGCCAUACAGAGAGUCAGUGCUAACCUUUCUGCUAAGAGAUUCUCUUGGAGGGAAUGCGUACACAACCAUGAUUGCAACGGUGUCUCCGUCGAGCAGUGCGUAUCACGAGACCAUCAGCACCCUUAGGUAUGCCUCUCGCACUCAGGUGAUAAAGAACCAGCCGGUGAAGAACGAGGACCCCCAGAUCAAACUCAUCAAGGACCUCAAGUCUCAGGUGGACAGACUCAAGCAGAUGUUGGAACAGAAGAAUGGUCUGGACGGUGUGAGUCAGGUGAUAGAGGAGAAGAUGCACCAGGGCCAGGAGCAGAUCGACAACCUCACCCAGCAGUGGGCUCAACAGUGGGAGAGACAAAAGCUACUUCUCCAGGACUCGGCUACCCACGACACAACAGGUCUGACAGUGAACUCUGAGUUUCCCCACUUGGUCGGGUUCCCCAACAACAGCACAAAGAGCAAGGCAUUUGUAGUGUAUCAGCUGUGUCCCGGCUCAUUCUCAAUCGGCACAGGCGACCACGAAAUUGGUGUGUAUGGAUCCCCUUCGGAUGAGAUCCAAGGCGUGAUCAGAAACGAGCGAGGUGUGAUCACAUUGGUGCCCCAAAAGAAAGAUCACCAGUUCCAGAUCAACAGUGUCGACAUCUCAGCACCCUCUAACCUAUAUAGUGGGUGUCUGGUCCAACUGGGUCCGGGCAAUCUGUUCAGGUACUGGGAUCCCAAGUACGCGAACAAGCCAUCUGUUAAUGUGGAAAACCUAGAGAACAUGGGUGAGGAGCGAUUGAGCAACCCACCCGAUACUGAUCUGACCAAUGAGGCGGCUUUCCUGGUACCUCCUCAAUUUUCCCGUCUGAGAGGCAUGGACAGGGCAGCCAGUGUUAUGUCAUUCCAGUCGGUGGACAUGGAGGAGUCUCUAUAUGGUGACCGGGGGGAUGGUCUCCAGGUGGCUACUGGGGGUCUGCUGGGGGGCAGGGGGAGGGGCAAUUUGGUCACCUCCGAGAGAACCCAG